AGUACUAUUUCAAAGCAUACGCUACUGGUCUAACAAUAGCAUUUAACAAGUGAUAUCUAGUGCUCCGGAAAAUUGUGGAAUUCUUUACUUGGUUUAAAAUAACUAAAAAAUUAACUUGGUCGAAACACUGAGUUUAUCGUCAUAUUCUACUCUAUGGAGGAAGAAGGAGAACUAAACAAAGGACCAUUAGACAACUCUUUGGCGUCAUCCUGUCAAAAUGAUAUUACAGAAUCCCUUAUGACUCAGCCGAUCCCUAUCAAUAUUCGGAUUGCUCAAGAUAUACAGGAGUUUCUAUGCAAAGGUUCUAAAUCUUUUAAGUGUUCUCUGUGUACUCGAACAUUCAGGCGUCGUGACAAAAUCAAAAGACAUUUGAUUGAAUGUCAUUACGGGAUAAAAGACUAUGAAUGUUCGUUGUGUUUUAAAAAAUUUGCUCGUAAUGAACAUUACAACCGACAUAUGAAUGAUGUUCAUACUCUCACCAAAGGUUAUCAUUGCCGUUUGUGUAAUCGAAGAUUUAAACGAAAUUCAGAGUUUUGUCAUCAUAUAAAAACUGCUCAUCAUGAACAAUCUGGAUUGUUUGCAUCCGGUUCAGUUUUAUUAUUUAAUCAAUCCGAAGAUACAAUCAAUAAUAAUAAUGAUCAUUCAACUAGUAAUCAUCUUUCACAUAAUUAUGAACAGCAACAAUCAUUACAAAUUGAUCAAGUGGACUCGAACUCAAUCGAUGUUGCUGGACCAGGUUUGUAUGUUGAGGUAGAGUUUAAUGCAGAUAAAACCGAAGUUGGAAAAAAUCCUAAACCUUUUGAAUGUACAUUGUGCGGAAAACCAUUUAGCCGACAGGAUAAGUUAAGACGACAUUAUCAGGAAGCUCAUGAUGGUAUUAGAGAAGAGCAUCAAUGUCCUGCAUGUGAAAAAAGAUUUUAUCGUAAAUAUCAUUUAAAUCGUCAUAUUGCUGAGGUUCAUCGAGGUAAAGAGUUUUAUUUGUUUUGUGGUACAAUAUUAGUAGAUAGUUUAGUAAUUUAAAAACCCAUAUAGGAUAUUUAAAAAACAAAGAAUAUCAGAGAGAAUUUAAACAUAAUCAUUCGUAAAUUUUCUGUCAUGAGUAAAAUUAUGGCAAACUCAGCAUAGUAAACUUUCUUGCUUAUGUUAUAAGAUUUCCAUAGGUUACUGAAGUCAUCAGGGAUAUAAGGUGUAAAUCACUAGGAAAAUUGUUAAAGCUUUCUCUUUAAUGGGAUAUUAUUCUGUAGUAAGUUUUCAUCGGUUUAAAUUACUCCGCAAAAUCUUUUAUUAAAAAUAAAUAAAACAUCAUUUUUACUUAGAGUUAAGUGAUGGUUAGAAGUGGAAGUCAGGACACGCGUCUUGUUCGAUUGGUAACUCGUCAGCUGUACUUAAGAAAUGCUUUUGACUUUAUGGCAGAAUCUAGGGAAUCCGCACAUAUGCUAAAAAACAUUGAUCAAUCAACAUUAAUGGAAAGAUUUAAACAACCAGUACAAAUGAAUUAAAUAAAAAGUCCGUUUGUAUUACGGGACAUUGAAUUAAGUUAAUACACACCCUCUAAUGAACGUCUUAGUUUAUUGUAUUGUGUCAGUCAGUAGGAGUAUCCAAAUUAUAAUUUUAUGCGAUGAACAGGCGAAAAUUUUUCAUGUGGAGUAAUAGUAUGUUUGUUUACAACAGUCAUUUUUCUGGUAUAUGGAAAUAUCCUGUUGGGUUCUUACAUUAUUUAUCUUCUGUUAUUGAGUGAUAUCAUACUGAUGGGUCUCAGUCUCUGUGUGUCUUAAAAUUAGAUUUCUUGGUCAAUUCCAAAAUGUAACGAACCCUCAUCCAAUUUCUAAUGAAUAAUUUCACAGUAGUUGGUAGGUAAGUGCUUAAAAGUCAUUAAGAGUAAAAUCAUAUUUUGCAAAGCUCUCAGAGAUCGAUAUCAGAGGACCUAAACGUUUUGCUCGGCUUUCUGGUUUAAGCUUCAGAAUUAUAAUCAAAAUUUCAAAUUAUCGAACAUAAGUGCGACAACAACAAUGUCAGCUUUUCUUUAUAAAGUCCAAAACUGUCUAGAAGGACUUCGAUUUGAUAGAGCUCAAUUUUGUGUCCUUUUUCCGUCCAAUUCAACCUUAUCUCCGGUCUCUUUUCAAGUUUCUUGAGGACGUAGAUAAUACGUAAGUCGAAUUACUUUCACCAUUCCUACAAGACAAUGAUGUUGCAUCACUCAUGGUUUAUCUACUACAGGUAGCUUAAUCUAGGGUACCCGCUAAACUUGUGCAAUUCCUACUAACUUUAGUGCCGAGCCUUUUCAUAGUCUCGAUUUUGUCUUUUAUUUAGGUGUUAAUGUUCUUUAGAAAAUAAAAGUAUAUGAUUUAACACAGUAGAUAUUUUAAAUUCAAUAACGAUGCACGUCUUGUGAUAUAGUAUUGAUGAAUUAGUGUUUGGGUCAUCUGUUUUAGCUGGGAAGCCAUUUUUAUGCCCAUACUGUCGUCGUGAAUUUGCAAGGGAAUGGUCCUAUCACCAGCAUCUACAAAAAUAUCAUGAUGAUUGUGUGAAUUCUGCACCAGUAACUUGUAUAGAAAAUCUCGAGGGAUAAUACUAAAUUUAUUCCUUCCAUUCAGUAUUCUGUGUACAUAUUUCUGUUUUAACCUUAUAUAUGUGUUUUUAAUGGUCUAAAGACUCCUGUAAAGUAAAAUCGUAAUUAUUAUUAUGUCAUUUUAAACAAGUUGUUCGACUUCUAUUAUUCUCGGUGUGCUGAGUAACUGACUUGGUUUCUUAUCCUUAUUAUCCGAGCUACGUGUUGCCUAAGAUCAUACCACUUUACUGAAUGAAAUUUGCGGGUAAUAUACUUAUCCCUAAAACAAAUGUUCACAGCUACUUUACGGAAACUUUUGUUUUCAAAAUAUUGAAACGGA